AUGGAUACACAGUCGUCAAGCGACUCAUCAUUACCGAAACCAGGAGAUUUGAUAUGGGCGAAGAUGAAAGGAUUUCCUCCGUGGCCUGCUAAGGUGCUAGAGAAAGACAAGGAUACUCCACUGUCUCGUAUUCCGGUCAUAUUCUUUGGCACUGGAGAGAAGGCGUUCAUGAAACCUUCGGAUGUCUGUGAUUACUAUGAAAAUAAAGCGCAACACGAAGUGCCUAGAAAGCAUAAGGGAUUCAAUGAAGCCAUUCACGAAAUUCGCGUUGCGGCUGGUUUUGAAACAGCACUCGAUGCUGAUCCUUUGUUUGGAGCGAGUACAUCUAGCAAAGGCCCCUCCCCAAUGCUUUCGGGUACUGCAGAGGAAAAAACUCGAUCCGGUGCAGGGAAGAUGUUAAGUGAUGCUUUCUUAUCUGGGUUUGAGCGACGUCGAGCGAAUUCUGCCUCCACCAGAUCUCGAUCUAGAGCGAGCAGUUCCGCAUCAGCUUUGAAAAAAUUGCACAAGGCAAUGCACCGACGACGGAUGGACAGCGGUAGUUCGGCUGGAUCACGUCGUGUUAAAGGUUUGGUUGGAUUCAACGAACGUGGCUUUGACCUGUUCGAUAAUUUCCAGUGCUACGACGGAGCCGAAUACAAUGUGGAUGAUGGACUUAACCUGUUUGGCAACGAUGAUAUAAGGUCGAAUCGAUCUAAGAGGUCACGCGCUUCCUCGAAGCUUUACGAUGAUUUCUUGCUAAACGGGUUUGGCACGCGGUCACGACAUCGGUCAGGCAGUGCUAGUGAAGUCGGACGAAGAAGCAGGUUAAUAUCGGGUGUUUCUGAUGUUUUCGACGAGCUUAUUUUCAAUGGCGAUCUUAGUAUACAGCAAGCUGCUGAGCAAUUCCUUCAUACACUGGAGGAAAUUCCAUCUGAAAGCAGCGAGGGGAGAGCAGGUACACCAGAGGCGCCUGCACCUCUUCCCGAACCUGCAGUGUUUUGUACAGCUUGUGGGUGUGAAUGCAAACCUUACGAAGGAAAAUUGAGGUGCACUUCGAAAUUCUGCAGGAAAUUUAAUGAUUCUUCCAAUUUUGUCGAAAAUAAGCCGCUUUUGGGUACACCAGCCUCUACCUCCGCAGUAGCAGCCUCAUCUUCAUCCGAAAUGGGAGGGGUUAAAACUGAGUCAAAGGUCGUGUUACAUCCAAAUGGAAAUGCUGAGAAUCUUAUGAAGAAUAGACUCAGACAGCGUUCUGAUGCAGCUUUGGUCAAGGAAGAGAGAUUGGAAGAUCGCACACACUCUUUUACAUUGGAGGAUAAGUCUUCAACGAGACUCAAGCGAAGCCGUCCUAGCUCUCCUCCGAAGAAGAGAAUAAAAAAAGAGAGUGCAACAAGUAGCAGCGAUGUGGCUAUUGGGAGGGAGCCAAAAGUAGAAAAAAUAUUGACUCCUCCGCGAGAGUUGUCGCUUUUUUCGCCUCCGUCAAGUCAAAAAACUUCCCUUGCUACUAAUGGGCCUAACAAUGUGAUACAAAAGCGGCCAGGAAGAGGAACAGGACGCCCAAAACAAUACAAGGUAGAGAAAACACCAGUGAUGGGAGCUAAUGGACAGCGACAAUGUACGUUUUGUAGCGGGCAAGUAAGGCCACAAAUGUGUGGUAGCAACAAGCACAGAUGGCGGUGUGUUGAUAAAAAAUGUCGGAAAUGGUAUGGUUGGGUGAAGAGCCACGAGGAAAUCCCAAAAGACCUUGGCAGAAAGGGACGAUGGAACCGUGCUAACCGUACAAAGAAAGUAGUGAUAACAACACAGAAAGAGAAGGAAGACGAGGACACAGGACCAGCUUCACUAUCCUCACAGGCAGAAGCUGCUCUAGCAGCUGCUGAGAUCCAGUCCCUGCGAAGUGAUGGCACUGAUCCGCUCACUCUAAUUGUUGAACGCAACGUACAGCAGGAGGUAAAAAAGAAACUUGGACGCCCUCCAAAAGAACAUGGACUAAAAAUUCGAUUAAAAGGAGUGAAGGAAAAGAAAGAGGAUACUCGGCAGAAGCGCAAGUAUGUGCGAAGGCGAGACAAGAUCGGGACUGGUAUCCUUCGUAGCGUUUCCCCUUCAGCGAUUGCAAACGCGCCGGUUAGGCCAGCUCCAGAACCUCUGACAACAGCGGAGUUAAACUAUGAGCCGUGCGCAAUCGAGAAACGAGUCAGAUGGUGGUUAAGUGAGAAACGAAGGGUUGAUGCUAGUCCUGAAAGGCCAUUUGGGACGAAGGUAGUUGACUCUUGCGCUGCUUUCCGGAUGUUAUCACACGCUUUCCGAGCUGCUGCAGUCACACGUGCUGACGAAGCGCAGUCUGUGAAUGGAUCGCUAGACAUUCUCAUGGACUCACUUAUGGGUUCUCUCGGUCCUCUGCUUACCGUUGCAUCCGCUGCAUUUGAUAGUCUAAUCCCUGAUGACCUCUCGCAAAUGCUCUGGAAUUCAUCGUCCGUGCAUCUGCCCACCUUUCAGUAA